AUGCUGCUCCCUUCCGCCCUCUCAUGCGACGUGCGCCGGUCGUCUCGCUUCACCCCCAGCCGCCUCUUCUCAACACCUCCCCCGUCAGACCGGGGCUACCCAUCUGGCAACGGCCUUCUUGGAACAUGCCGCGCACUCCAAUCACUCCUGAACGGUUCUCCAGCGCCGUCGCUGCGCCGCACGCCAAAGCCCCAACGCCUCCAGAGUCCUCUACCCAUCACUCAACCGCGUCGCUCGCCACGCACGCGCAAAGUCGCACGCCCUGCCUCACCACGCCCAACUCCUCCCCCAACCAACAUGGCAAACACACCUCCUCCACCUCCCUCUGCGCCCGCGCGCGGUGCAAAUAAGCGCCGUCGCACAGAGUGGGAUGACGACGACAGCGACGCGGACUUUGGUCAACCCAUCUCCACGCCAAAGCGUCGCCGACACAUCCCCUAUGAACUCCCACUCGGCCUUUCCUCAACAGACUUCUAUUCCCUACACUCUCCGCCAAUCACACAAUCACCGCCUUCUCCCGCGCGCCGGCAGGCCAUGCCGCACGCGCAAGAACCCGUCGCGCGCAUCGAUCCUGACGCCGUCCUUCCCUCUAUUGAAGCGCCAGAUGAGCCAUCUGAGACUGCUUCCGAGGAUUGGGCCGCGGAAGAGGAUCAGCGCCUGAUUGAGGUGGUACUCGAAAAGUUCCGCCUCUCUCAGCAGGAAUGGGAUGAGUGCGCGCGCCAGGUGGGCCGCCGUAAUGGUGCGGACAUCGGGCAGCGGUGGCGCUGUCUCGUGGGAGAGGGACGAGUCGGUCUGCGACGCCGGCAAUAA